UUGUUAGGGCAGCUUUGACCUUUUCCUUGGCAGAGGAGGAGGAGGCGAAAAAUAGGAAGAGACUCUGGAGGAGAGUCGGAGCCGUGGAUAGCCUGCCCUACGGGAUAGUACAAACGCUGGCAUCGGCUGGGACCGGCAUCUCGGGCACAGGAACUAAGGGAAAGAGGAAAAGCAACGAGGAAGCAAGCAGUCGGGAUAGGUACAGUCCGGGAAGGAGAUUAAAGAGAGAGCGCUCCUGCAGAUCUGCACGGACUCUCAAAGAAAUGGAUCGUGGGGGGAUUUUUGAGGAGAUUGCAAGGAUGAUAUAAAGCCAAUACAACUAUUGUAGUGGAGGGAAAAAAAAGUUACAACUUUUGCCCCGGGUCUGAUCAAGGAUGUAAAGGCUAGAACUGUACAGCUGAGGGGGAACUUCAAUCCCAUUCUUUCCAAGACCAGGAAGUAGUUUGUAUCUCUAAUCAACAUCUCCAUGCCUUCUUGGGUAAUGGUUCUGUAGAACCAAGCAGGGCUACUUUCUGAGUUCCCUGGCCCGAUCCUGGCCUCGAUCAACAGGGACUUCUAUCCCACAGCAAUUUCCUGUUCUUGGGCUCUUGGAAAGUGGUUCAGCUGAACUGGCUAUGCAGCAAUUGAAUCAGGCUCUCGUACUUCCAAUAAUGGAGCCAUAAUCUGACUAAAUAGGCAAGAGAGAAGAAGAGAAGAGGAAGGAAAAGAGGAGCAAAAGAGAAGAGUGGCUGUCUAACUUUGGUUGUGUAUCAUGAGUGGUGGAAGAUUUGAUUUUGAUGAUGGAGGAGCCUACUGUGGGGGCUGGGAAGGUGGCAAAGCCCAUGGGCAUGGCAUCUGUACUGGCCCCAAGGGUCAGGGCGAAUACUCUGGCUCUUGGAACUAUGGAUUUGAAGUGGUGGGGGUAUACACGUGGCCCAGUGGCAAUACCUACGAGGGUUACUGGUCUCAAGGAAAGCGCCAUGGCUUAGGGAUUGAAACCAAAGGACGAUGGCUUUACAAAGGUGAAUGGACCCAUGGUUUCAAGGGAAGAUAUGGCAUAAGGCAGAAUAUCAGCAAUGGAGCAAAGUAUGAAGGUACCUGGAAUAACGGGCUGCAAGAUGGAUAUGGCACAGAGACUUAUGCUGAUGGAGGUACCUAUCAAGGCCAGUUCACCAAUGGCAUGCGCCAUGGUUAUGGAGUCCGUCAAAGUGUCCCAUACGGUAUUGCAGCUGUGGUCCGCAACCCUCUAAGAACCUCCCUUACAUCCCUACGGAGUGAGCAUAGCAAUGGCACACUGCUACAACAUGAUUUGCCAUCAGCAAACCAGGAACACGUUCCCAUGUCACCUACCAUAACUCGGGGUGGCUUUGCUCUCAGCUUGUAUGCAGAUGCUGAUGCUGGCAAAUUAAAGAAGGGGGGACUCUUCAGGCGGAGCUCCUUGUUCGGGAAACUCAAGAAAUCUGACUCCAAGACCUCUUUGUCCAGCCAAAGGAGUCGACUCAGUUUCCUUAAGAGUGAGAGUGGGAUGAGCUCUACAGGUAGUGAUGCUGCCUCCACUGCCAGCCUGGGAGAAGGAGUGGAAGGAGAGGACUUCCCACCUUUUGAUGCUGAUAUUGAUGCCACCACCACAGAAUCCUACAUGGGAGAGUGGAAGAAUGACAAGCGUUCAGGGUUUGGCAUAAGUGAGCGAUCAAGUGGCCUGAAGUAUGAGGGCGAAUGGCUGGAUAAUGUGCGGCAUGGAUAUGGUUGUACCACAUUGCCUGAUGGGAAGAAGGAAGAAGGAAAAUAUCGCAUGAAUGUAUUGAUCAGAGGCAUGAAGAAACGGGUGAUACCUCUAAAAAGUGCAAAGAUAAGACAGAAAGUGGACCGGAGUAUAGAAGGUGCUCAGAGAGCAGCAGCCAUCGCCAGACAGAAAUCUGAGAUUGCAGCUUCUAGGACUGCCCACGCCAAAGCCAAGUCAGAAGGUGCAGAGCAAGCAGCAGUAGCAGCUAACAAUGAAUCCAUGUUAGCCAGGUCGAUGGCCAGGGAAUUGUCUCCAGACUUCUAUCAGCCAGGCCCUGAAUAUCUGAAGAGGAAGCUACUCCAGGAACUCAUGGAAAAUGAGGAAAAUGUUGAGAAUAUAGAAGAAACACCCCCUGUUGAAGAGACAUCUCCAGCAACACCUCCAGAAAGUCCUCAAACUGAUGAGCAGGAGUUCAUGAAACCUAAGGAGAGUCCAGCUCCAACUCCAUCGCCAUCGGGCACACCACCUGAGGCCAAGCGUGCUAAGCAGGGUUCACAGAAAGAUGGUUUUCUCAGCCCUGGGAACUGGAAUGGAGAUCAUAGCAAGAAUGGAAAUUAUACAGGAAGUAGGCCCAAUACAUCUUCUAGUGCUCCACUGGCACCAGUGGAGAAGUCAGGAAGUAAUAUCAGACCUGCUUCUCAUAGCGCCAGUCAUCCCAGCCAUAUGAAGAUUGCUACCGAUAGGAUGGAGAUCAAGCCUCUUGAAAGGAUACAGAAAGAAGGUGAAGUUAAAUUAUUUGAAGGCUAUCACGGUUAUGCUGUGCGGACCUCUCCAGUUACUCCCCCAAUGGAUAAUGAAGAAGACCCAUUCUCAGACUCCACGUUUCCUACCAAGUCAAGGUCCCCAGAGCCAGAAGCUGAUGUGAAAGCAGUGGAUCACAAAUCGGAGCCAGAAAAGAGGGAAAGUACACCUGUCACCCAACAUGAACCAGGUCAUAAAGAGAAAAAAAUAAUCAAGACGGAAUCUAAGCUUGAGCCCAAACAACAUCCACCUGAGCCUAAAGUAGAAAAAGUAGAAGCUGUGAGUGAAACCAAGCCUGAAGUCAAGAUAAUAGCUAAAACUGAGCCCAAGGCUGUGGUGAAAAAAGUUUCUCCACCAGAAGCAGCCACAAAAGAGGUGGUAGAACAAGAAGAGGGACCUAACACAAUAAUCAUCUGCAUGGUCAUUUUAUUGAACAUUGGCCUGUCUAUCUUAUUUGUACAUUUUCUGACAUGAUGAGAUACUGAAACAAGAAGUUUAUGCUGGUCUAGACAACAAUCCUGGUCAGAGAUAACAUCAGCCAUUCAGAGCUAUGUUAAAAGGAAGAAGCACAGAAGCACCCAGGGAGGGUACUGUGGUCACGAACUUUUAUGCAAUGCUUCUGUCAAACUAUUUUGCUCCAACCGUACCAGGAAGAGAUCUCGAAUUUUACAACUCCUUUUAUUCUUCCUUUUGUUUUGAGUCUGUGUUGCUUGAAGAUUUAUAAUUUUGAUGAACUGCACUGCCACUUGUUGAAAAAACAAGGAUGCAACUUAAUUGUGGAAUGGAAACACAAACUAAAAAGUCUUUUCUUUGAAUUUCACUGUGAAAACAUCAGACUUGGUGGUACAAAUCUUCCAAUUCCUGUAUUUCUAAAUUGUGCUGCAGCUCUGAAUCAUGAUUAACUCUGAGGAUGUGCUGAAAAUUGCUGGGGGUGGGUGGAGGGCAUUCAUUGCAAGGCCCUUAUUGUAUUUUGAGCAAUUAUCCAAGUUCCAUGAAAAAAAAUAGUUUGCUAAAAUCAGUAAUAUGGUCUUAAUCAAAAAAGGUACAGCCAGUAGGAAAGGUUUAGAAACUAGAACUUAAACGUCUUCCUGUCUUGUAAAGGACACCUCCCUCUCUCCCCAAUCCUAUAUUCUGCAUUCUAGAAGCUGUAGCUUUUUGUUCUUUUUUUUCUUUUAGCUCCAUUAGGAGAGCCAAGAUGUUUGGGCAUUCAGUUUUUCCCUUUCCCCCACUGUCCAAUUUGAUGCUUCUCUCCACUAGCAAAGCAACACACUUAUUUCUUCUCAAACUUUUUCAACCUUGAAUUGAGUUUAGGAUUUGGAUAUGAAGAACUUUUCACCCACUUUCUUAGCUAAUAUAGAAGUGGAACAAAGCAUCUUAUAAUGAAGAACUACUUCAGUUGGAUCUAUUUAAAUAUCUAAAUGUCUAGCGGGCUUUUGCAGCUUCUUUUAUGCCUUUGGUGUAUCAUUCCCCACAUUUCUUUAUUCAUACUUUACACAGCUUUGUUUUAAUUUGGCUAGCUGGCAGUGGUGGGAGAGGACCAGGCUGGUAGCUCUUUCUUUUCUUCUAAAAGUUUCCAUUUAGAUGUUCUCCUUCCUUAGCACUUGUCCUGGGCCAGUAGCAGUUGAGAGACUCUGAGGAGCUGCUAUACCAACUUGUCUAUAUUGUGUAUAAGCCUAAAUGGUUUUUUUGGUCAGUCAUACUUGGAGCUAUUUUCUUUGGAAAUUAGCCCAAUUGAAUAUCCUCUCAAAGCAAAAGCUUGAAAGAAGUUCACCAAAGAAGUUGGAGGUUUUAAAGAAAAGAAGACUCUCCCAACCACAAGUGUCGCAAAGCUUCCAGAAUAAACUGCACACAUCAUAGAACUAGCAGCAAAAAUGGAGCAUCAGCCAGCAAAGCCAAGGAUCCAGAAACGAGUGGAUGGAGAGGUGGCACAAGAGUGAAAUAUGGGCAAGCAAUCUUCUUGAUAAUCAAUUUGCAGCAUGUCCCCUAAUUAAUUCUGGGUAUAGUUUCCCUAUGCAAACCAAAAUGAAUCCAGUGUUAGGAAAAAUCAGUGGUUUCACUUCUUCCUAAUUCUAUUUAAGAAGUCUAUCUUCUAAAAUGAGUGAAGCUUUUUUCCUGAAUAGCAGAUCCUAUUCUAGGACAUAAGAAAAGCCACAGUUUAAAAAACAAUGAAAAUAAAUCCUACCUUUUAUGGAUUUCAGUGCACAGAUGCUGAAAUCUGGUCUUACUGUAAGCAAUUAUUUUUGCCAUGCUGAUUAGCAGCAAUUAAAUACCAUGAAACUUAUUUAGCUUACUAACUAUAGGCUGCAUUUUAAUGUGGUUUGCUAUAAAUGUUGGUAGAUGAAAUCUGUGCUCAUUUAAUAAUUAUACAGUGCCUUGAGUAUUUUUGUUGCUGGCUUUGUUUAUCCCCUUCCCAUCCUAAAAUUAGACCUGUGGCAAGAUCCAUUUUACACUCUGUCCUUUUCGGUCAUUAUUCAGAUGCACAAUAGCUUGUCAUUGAAAUUUCAAUAUGUGAAUCUGUCCUUAAAGUGUGUGGAUGUUCCCUUUCCCAACUUUCUUUGGGGGGGGGGGAAACAAGGAUUUUUGUGUCAAUUUCCAAAGCUUUUUAAAAAAUGCCUUCUUUAAAACUGACUAUGAUUUGUUAUAUAGUGACAGUCCUUGGAAUUGCAGCAGUGGGUUAAAUGUGCCCAAGUAAAAUAGAGAGGAAAAUUAAUAGGUUACUGUAUAAAAGACUGUAAUUGUAGGUGCCAAAAGGUGAUAGGCUUUUAAGUGCAGUAGGUACACUGAGGGCCCGUGUUUUUAAAACAGAUGGCUUACAACUCAUGAAUUGCUGAAAAUGAAUUUGGAAGACAAGAGUGCUGUUCCUUACAGCUUGUUUAAUAAAUAUUUUGCGUUGAAGGAGAAGAAAAACAAGAUUUCUACCAACGAAUGAGGUAUGGCAACACUGCUCAGAAAAUUGCUCAAAAUUAUCUUGUCCUUCAAACAUGAAAUAAUAGCAAUAUAGGCAGUUUUGAGGCUUUUAUUGUUACAUUUCCUUUUCUUCUAAAUAUAUUCCCUUAAAUAUAACCAGGUUAUUUGCUUUUGAAAUCUGACAGCCUCUUUCCUGGCUUGCUAGGUGUACAGUUCAGUAUGCCAGCAGCUUUACAACAGGGAAUGUGAUUUUCUUUGAGAGAUGUCAAUGCCCUUUAUUUAUCAUGAAGCACAAAACUGAGUCUUUUUGAAAAAUGUUAGGGUUAUUCCCAUCCACCUCUGAAUUCUCUUUUGCAGAAAUAUGGUGUGGUUAUUUUCUUUCUUAUAGUUUGUUCUCUGCAAUAUAAUGACAAGGAUAAAGUAAAUACAUUUGCAGUCUGUGGCAUAUAUAAAGCAGGAUCCACAGACUAUCCGUCCAGAGGCUGUUGUUUUUUAAAUUAUUUUACUUUAGACAGCUGGAUCUCCAUGCCAAAUUGCAAACUGAUUUUGAAAUUUGUCCUUUUCAAAUAUAAUAUGACUGAUGACUACAGCGCAAAAUGCUCAGGCUCCCAUUUGGAGUGCAAAACAUUUUUGACUGUCCUUGCCAUGUAUGUUUAUUAUAUAUAUAUAUCCUUAAAGAGAAGGAGCUUCUUGGUGCUUGUGCAUACAUUGGUAUCCCCUGAUUCGCUAGCAACUGCUUUGUUUACAUUAAAAUAAGGACAAGCCUUCACCAAAGAAAUAAAUGUGAGUAAUUCAAAAGAGGGAGAAUGAAUCACAUAUGGCAUUUUGGGUCUCAAAUAAUGCCUGUUCUUUCUACAGUCCUGACUUUUAAUAUUGUUCAAAGGAUCUUUAUUUCUUGUUCCAAAUACCAGUUUGAACAAGAUGACACAAAAAAUCCAGAGCCUCAUCUGGAAGUCCCUGAAGGUGUGAGUUUUUCCAUUCAUGCACAAGAGGCCUCUUUUAAGAUGAAUGGAAAGGUCCUACAGGACUUCUUACCUCUCCCAAAGAACUGCUGGAUUGGGACUAAUGUGUGCACAAGCCUUGUGGAGUUUUGCAUCCUAGGGUGAGCAGGAGCGGGUUUACCUCAAUUUGCAUGCCUUCAAACAUAGUUUGAUAUUCUUAAAAUGUUCAGGGCUUUCAAAAUGACAGAUGUAUCGUCACCAGAAACAUACCUUUUGAAAUCACAUGUUUUAAAAAUAAACAAAAGUUAUGAUAAUUUGUGCAAUGCUAUCCAGGACCUUUUAUUUGCUGUUCAUCUGGAUUAUGUGCAAUAAUAAAAGGCCCUUUUGUUCAUGUUAACAGUUCUGAUUUAUUUUAGAUGAAAGCAUGGUAAAAUUUCAUGUCUGAUGUGUUUAACAAACCAACAAGUGUAAACUACAAGAUGCAAAGUCCAGCCAAAGACAAGCUGCUUUAUGCAACAGGGCUUGCAAAUGGGGCAUGCUAUAUAAGUAUAUGUUAAAAGUUCACCCAUAUCAGUCUUUUGGAUCACCCACAAGAAGUUUUGAUUUUGUUGGGUAUGUCAGAUUGUUACACAAUUAAUCAUAAAAAUUGGCCAACCUAGACUGUCACCUAAGCAGUCUUCUUGCAGCAUGGGAUGAAGUAUACUGAUGAUACUUAAUUAAACAUCACUGCUUCAGGCCAAGCAAACAAUACUAUCAAGGUCCUUUCCCAAUGUUUGGGGGGGGGGCUAGAUACAGAAGAAUAGGCUUUGGCUUAACCCUAGCAGGACUGACUGGGUACAAGUUUUAAGGCUCCUUGGAUCUGCAUAUUUUCCAUUCUCAGUUCUGGAUGGGUUAAUAUUCCAACCAAUAAAACUUCAGUGAUAUUUGGGGUCUUCUGGAUUGUUGAUUUCUGACUGAUGUACAGGUAAAAAUCACAACCAGAAGAAUUAAUACACAAAUACAUCUUACAUGCUAAUUGCACUCAUUCCUAGAUUAGGAGGCACUGUUUAUGUUCACUCAUGCCUUAGCUCAAUAUUAGACUAUUGCAAUGUGUUCUAUAUGGCACUGUCCUUCAAGAGCAUUUGGAAGCUUCAAAUGGUCCAGAAUGCAGCAGUAAUGGGUAAACCAUGGCACACCUAUGUAACAGCUGCUAUAUUAUAUAUCAUAGCCACUGAAAGGAAAAUUGGUGUAUUAAAAUAAGUAAUUACACAACAAUUCCUUUUUCAACAAUUGCUGAACAAGCUUGACAAGCCAGCUCAGCACUGGUGAGAUGUAACUUCCAAGAAGAUUUAUUGCAAAGAUUAUUUAUUUAUUUAUUGAAUUUAUUUCCCACCUAUCUUGUAGCAAAUUACUCUGGGCAGCUUAAUAGUUGGAAAGGGUAUAAUGUGGCCAUUUCAUAUUACAUUUCAAAGCUAAUGGAGGAACAUCUACCAACAUGUCUGAUCACUGUGAGACGAUAUAGCAAGGAUAAGAUUCCAUGCUUAAUUCCUUAGAAAAAUUCCAGUCCAGAAAUACCAAUUGCCAAGGAAUGUGGAGGGCUUAUAAAAUAAUUCCUGUGAGAAGGUGAAUCACUCUGCAGAGAGCUUUCACUUUUCUUAGCUCUCUAAUAAUUUGUGCUGUGGAACCCUCUGCUGGAAAUAAAAAGCCAGGAUGAAAAGGGUCACUUUUAGAUCCACCUGCUCCAAUUACUGCAGAAGCUUAUGAGGAAAAAACACAAGGGCUACCACAGCAACUUUCACUAUAUGAAUUCUGCUAGACAAAAAAAGACCUCUGCAUUCAUUUGUAGAAGGAAUUGAUUUACAUUCCAGCAUACAUCAUAUCCUGUAACCCAAAUCCAAUCAUUGAUCAAACUACAAUAGAAAGGACAUUUGAUUCCUGUAAUCACAAUCUUGACAAAAAUGUCACAACAUUAGUGUUUUCAAGGGAUUUUUCUCAGUAGUGGUGCUACUGUCAGCAUUAAAGGAGAGUCCUGUUGAAAAAAAAAUUUUUUUUCCAUAAAAAAGGACAUAGUUUGAAAUUUCUGCCUACACAGGAUGUCAGGCAGUUUCCAACCCUAAAAACAGUGUGCAGAUGAUGGGGAGGGAGAGGGGAGUUAUAAGUCACAAGCCUCAAGAUUCAAGACAUCAGCAAGGAGAGGAAGGAAGCAACAAACGAGAAUAUUUCCUUCUAAAUUCAUUUUUUAUAUAAAUUUUAUUGUAAGCAAUCCAGAAAUUAACUACCCCAUUUUUUCCAUUUCAGAACCACAUGCAUUACAAAAUGCACCUUGUUCUGUAGCUGGAAUAUUCCAGUGACGAAGUGGACCUCUCUAGUCUAACAGAACCGGUCCCUGGUGCCCAAAAGGGGGCCGCUGUUUUAACAGAUAAGAUGUAGUGUGUUCUCCUCCAAAAUGCAAAGGGAGUGAGCAGCACUUCCUGUCUCACACAGUCAGAGUCUGAAUAAAUAACAUAAAUGAACAGAGAGAGGAAAGAAGGGAUGAAAACCCUGAUAUUUCUCUACCCAAUAGAAGGCAUCUUACAUAGAUAUGCAAAACUUUUUAGACAAAGAGUCCUGCUAACUAUUCUUACAGCUAUUGUCGCUAGUAGUCCAAAGCUGGUGCAUAUAAAAUUGAAUUCCAACAAAAAGGUAAUCAGAGCUGAAGAUAUACAGUAGGUUUGGGUGGAAUUGGGGAAAAUGCUUAGAAAAAGCAGGUGAUGCUGCAGCCUCAUACUAGAUUUUUAAUUGCAUUUUGGAAAUUAAAUAUAUGUGCCUUAAAUGUCUGCAUUUACUUGCUGUUACGAAACUUGUGAUUCUUUGAAGGGAAUUGGAAUAAAAAUGCUUGUAUUUUCUGGCAAUAGUAACUCUUGCUUUUCUAAUUUAUCUCCUGCUAAAUUACUUUCCAUUUUACUAUUUUUAUGAUAAAAAUAAUGUUAUUAUAAUAAAUACAAAAAUAAACUGUCUGUCUGUUCCCAUAUGCCCGUUAUAGGAUCAGUGUUGCCUAUUACUUGAAAAACUCUUAAUUUGAUUAAAAUUAUUCUAGGUUUAAGCUGAACGUAAUAGAAUUAAUUAUCUGGAAUUUAAUUAUUCGUGGUCUAAAAUAUAGUCAAGAUGAACUUUGGCAGUCUCAAAGUUGCAUAAUUUAAUUUGUUAUUUAUGGGAUGUUUCUGCUGUUCUAAACUUCAUUUAUAAAAUAUGGCCAGUUGUAAAAAGUCAUAAUCAUCUCCUGUAAUGAAUUUUCUGCAAAGGUGAAAAAACAAAAAAAUAGGGCAUAUAAUGGAUGAUUUGGGAUAUCUGCAAUUGUAGAGCAGCAAUGCUAUGAUGAAGUUUCAGAUUUGGCCUUUAGUAAAAACAAACAGUUUAUAAAUAGCUGAAUUUAAUAAACUAGAGAAAGGUUCAUGUUUUCGGCAAUGCAUUUUUAAUGAAAUUGAAUCACAUAUAUUAAGCUCAUAACACUACAUAUAUCACACAUGCAUAUUUAAAUUUCUGAGGCAAUGUCGUAUUGUAUGAACAAUGUUUGAAAUAUAUGCAUCAGAAUAAAGAAUAAGCUUUUCA